UUUAUUCCACAACACAGCCCAAACCACGUGGACGCAGGAGGUGUAUGUGCGUAAGUGCGUACGUGAGGAAGACUUUGGCUGGAGCUGCGCCACAUUAGAGCUUCUUACUUUACCCAGGCUGGUACAUUGACUCUGAGCAAAGUUGGAGAAGGAGGUUGGUUACUGCGUCAGACUUUACACGCCGCGCGCUCUGUGUGAGUGACUGGGAAGCAUCUCUCCAUUACGCGCAGCGAUGUUCGUACGGACACGGAGACUGAAUGAAGAUCAGGGGGUUUAGGAUUCUUUGUGUCUCGCUACAUUUUUAACUGCCUACAUAAAGCUACAACAAAAAGCACAACAAGUCUCCUGCCUCCCUCCUGACCCCCUCUCGACCUUUGACCUUUGCCCUCCUGGCCCUUCCGUGUCUUCGCCAUGCCAAAGAACACUAAAGUGACCCAGAAGGAGCACAGCAAUGAACCGGUCACCGAGUCUGUGGCUGACCUCCUGUCCCUGGAGCACCCCAUGGGCUUUAAGAGCAGUCAGAUGAGCAUGGGGCUGAGUCCGGGAUCCACUGCCCCGGUACGCGCCCUGCUCCCGUCUCCUGACCCCGAGGCAGAGGACGGGCGACCGGCCUGGAACAACAAGCUGGAGUACAUACUGGCUCAGGUGGGGUUCUCCGUCGGUCUUGGCAACGUCUGGAGGUUCCCCUACCUGUGUCAGAAGAACGGAGGAGGAGCCUAUCUGGUGCCCUACUUCAUCCUGCUGCUGCUCAUUGGGAUCCCUCUGUUCUUCCUGGAGUUAGCUGUGGGGCAGAGGAUCAGGCGGGGCAGUAUCGGAGUGUGGAACUACGUGUAUCCUCAGCUGGGGGGCAUCGGGGUGUCCAGCCUCAUGGUUUGUGGUUUUGUGGGCCUCUACUACAACGUCAUCAUUGGAUGGAGCAUCUUCUACUUUUUCCAGUCCUUCCAAUAUCCACUGCCCUGGGCCGAGUGUCCCAUCCAGAGAAAUGGAAGCCAAGCCAUUGUGGAGCCAGAGUGCGAGAAGAGCUCAGCUACUACAUAUUUCUGGUACAGACAGGCCCUGAACACCACGAGCACCAUCGACGACACCGGGGGCCUCAACUGGAAGAUGACUCUGUCUCUGCUUGUGGCUUGGAUCAUGGUCUGCCUCGCUGUGAUUAAGGGCAUCCAGUCCUCGGGGAAGGUGAUGUACUUCAGCUCCCUGUUCCCCUAUGUGGUGCUCUUCUGUUUCCUGGUACGAGGUCUGAUGCUGAAGGGAGCUGUGGACGGGAUUGCGCACAUGUUCACCCCAAAGUUGGAGAAGAUGUUGGAGCCUCAGGUGUGGAGAGAAGCUGCUACUCAGGUGUUCUUUGCCCUUGGCCUGGGUUUUGGAGGAGUCAUCGCCUUCUCCAGUUACAACAAACGAGACAAUAACUGCCACUUUGACGCUGCUCUGGUUUCCGUUAUAAACUUUGUGACAUCCAUCUUGGCCACACUCGUGGUGUUUGCAGUGCUCGGGUUCAAAGCAAACGUCAUGAAUGAGAAGUGUGUCGUUGAAAAUGCAGAGAAGAUCCUGGGUUACCUCAACACAGGGGUGCUCAGUAAAGAGCUGAUUCCUCCUCACAUAAACUUCUCACACCUGUCGGCCCAGGACUACGCAGAGAUGUACAGCGUCAUAAAGACUGUGAAGGAGGACAUUUUUGGGCAGCUGGGACUGGACUCUUGUGUGCUGGAGGAUGAACUCAACAAGGCGGUGCAGGGCACUGGGCUGGCCUUCAUUGCUUUCACAGAGGCCAUGACACACUUCCCUGCCAGCCCCUUCUGGUCAGUCAUGUUCUUCUUUAUGCUCAUUAAUCUGGGGUUAGGCAGUAUGAUUGGCACCAUGACGGGCAUCACCACUCCCAUCUUGGAUGCCUUCAAGAUCCGCAAAGAGAUUCUCUGCGUGGUUUGCUGCAUCAUCGCCUUCCUGUUAGGUCUUCUGUUUGUGCAGCGCUCAGGGAACUACUUUGUCACAAUGUUUGAUGACUACUCAGCUGGACUGCCCCUCACUGUGGUGGUCAUCCUGGAGAAUGUCUCUGUGGCCUGGAUCUAUGGCACCAAGAGGUUCAUGCAGGACUUGGAGGACAUGCUUGGUUUCAGGCCCUAUUCCUUUUAUUUCUACAUGUGGACCUAUGUGUCACCUGCAAUCCUCGUGGUGCUCAUCAUUGCCACUGUUAUAGAGAUGGCUGUGAGUCCUGCGGGAUACAACGCCUGGUCCGAGUCAGAGGGUAUGGAGCACUUCCAGAGCUAUCCUCCCUGGGCUUUAAUCAUGGCCUAUUCCCUCAUCAUCGUAGCCAUGCUCCCUCUGCCUCUGGUCUUCAUCGCGCGCCACUUUAACCUCCUCUCUGACGGCUCCAACAAGCUCUCCGUGUCCUACCGCAAAGGCAUGAUGAAGGACAUCUCCAACCUAGAGGAGCAGGAUGAGCAACGCUUCAUUUUGGGCAAAAACCCCAGCGAGGCCCCUUCUCCCAUGCCUCCCCACCGUGCUUAUCUAGGCCCUGGAGGUACUCAAGAGAUGACCAACACUAACUACGGCACAAGCACCAAGACAGGGUACCAAAAUAUAGGAUCGCCCGAGUCUGAACUAUGAUCUCCUUUAAGCUCCAAAAUAUCCCUGCUGCAAAUGAAGAAAGGCCAAGGAUGUCUCCACUGCCCACUGUUUCGCACACCUUAACCUGGAAAUCUCUCACCUCACAAAUAGACUGCUACCUGCAAAUGCCCACCUCUGAGCUGCCAAGAAGCUGCCAAUCCUCACACGUAAUAAAGGGAUCAAGGAGCGGUGAGGUUUAGCCGAUACAAUCACAUUUCCAUCUACUUAGGUAUUAGACACAUAGAAGCACACAAGAUAGAGCACAUGUAUGGUUUGAUAUGCAUAUUUGUGAGGGUAAGGUGUGUGCAACAUCGUCCAUGAACCAGAAGGUAAUAGUUAAAACUUAUUUUUCGAGGCAUAUUGUUGCCCUCUGAUUCUGGGGGACUCUUCACUUGACUGUGCUGUCUUUUUAGAGGAUGUGGGGAAAGAAUAGAAGGAAAAUAUGUUAUUUCAAGUUAUAUCCAAUAAGGGAAUAUUCAUAUGUAGAAAGCAUCUAUAUCAGACCACUAAGUGUUUCUAGUAGUAAAAGCAGUGUUACAACUAUAAGCACUUUUCUCAGAGUUAUUGUGCCUAUCACACAUCAGCAAUAACCAAUCUCCUUCUGUGCAUUCCCCACAGCUGUAGAUUACUGUAAAUAUGAAUGUGCAAUAGUUUAAAAUGUCCUGGUUAAACAGUGUAUAAUACCACACCACUAAGGGGCAUAUCUUCACCAAAUUCCACCCAUGCACAAGUAGGCUAUAUAGCAUCUCUGAGCCUUUAACGCAGAGCAACAAUCUCAUUUUUCAUUAGAAUCAAUAUAUUUUUUGUAUGCGUCAUUUAAAAGUCGUAGGUGGUGUAUAUCCACUCCAUAGCCUGUGUGUAAAGAUAGACAAGAAAGAUCUAGGUUGGCUAUCCGGAGAUGUUUUACCAUUGUGUCUGUUUGCCAUUGAAUGAGAGCGCCCCGUGACCCUGCCUUUGGUUAAAAAUAGCGCAGCGUUACCCAGGGAAAAGACGCACCAUAGUUACCAGUCCCGUCUGGUGGAGAGGAGGGAGUAGAAACCAUCCUCCUUUUGCUUCACCUUUGCUGUCUGUUGAUCAGCAAUAUUUAGACUAUAGUUUAUUUGUAUAGACCUUGUAGUGUUUUCUCAAUGUUUGUAAUGGAUUCACUGCCAUGCUGUGCUGUGGAAUAAUCAUAAGUUUCAUCCCAAAGUGGAUGCUUUUUCGAUUUUGUCACUGUGGACAUCAUCGCAUAAGGGCACUACACCAUUUUGAUGUCUUUCUGUGACAUGUAAACAAUUUAUUUUGUCUAAUAUAUAUUAUUGUAAGGAGAUGUUUAGGGAUAUUAUGUGAAAAAUGUACUGUGCGCUAUAGGUGUUUACUAAAUGGUAAUACUCAGCUUUGACCACUUGGUGUCUCUGUUGGCCAUGAGUGCUCCUCUAUAGCACUCAAGAAAGCAGACUUGUCCAGCACAUGACUGUAUAUGGUCCUGCACAGCCCCCUCACGUUGUUUGGUGCCUACAGAGCAUCUCUGUUGUCUCUUUGCCUUAUGCUUUUGUUGCUAUUGUUAAUUUAGUGCUACCCGUUAAAGUUUGGGCCAAUGUGUUGUUGUAUUCACUUGAGCACUUUAAUUAAGUUGAGGCCUUGGAGUUGGUUGUUAGUCAAGCACACAAAUGACAAACUUCAAAAUAGCCACUGCACAAACUUCAAGUACCAAUUAGCACAUUAGGAAUAACUGUUAAUCGGUUCAUAUGGUUUUAGGAAAGUACUGUGCAGAUUAAGCCAUAGUGAUGAACAAUUUAAAACUAAAUAUAUCUUUUGAAUGAGAACAUGUCCUCAAAAUGUUGCAUUUAACAGGAAACUGAAACCUUUGAAUAGGCAGCUCCAACAGGCUCAUACAAAACAGUGACAUGGAUGAAUCAAAGCACACUUGUUAUUUCUGAAGUUUAAGCUUGUUACUGCUCAGUGAAGCAUAGAAGUUAUACCUUAACCUUAUCAUAGGAGCUCUCAUUUAGAACAGCACAAGUCUUAUGUGUAGACUGUAAAAGCACAUAGUAGUGAAACACACGCAGGUGAGUACAACAGAAUACGAGGGUCCUCUGAGUCUGAAUCAAUACUAACUAAACUGUGGAGAUGACACUUAUCCCACACCAAAACCAGGCCUAAUGUUUGCAAAAGGUUAGAAAGCACUUAGAUCCGGCACAAUGACUGGAUGACAAAUCAUUUUCUAUUUUGGACUAUAGUUUAGAGUAACAAAACAAUGAGGAUAGGAAGAGCACAAACCAUAAAUGAGCACAUUUUAGGCUGCGUUUGCACUGCAGGAAAAAGUUACGUUAAGAUUACACAGUUAUGUUGAUGGUGGCAACGUCUAAUGUAAAAAUCUGCCAAAUCACCGUACAGCAUGAGCACUGUGAAAACUAAGUCAACAAUUAACGAUUAAUCAGUGUAGCCAUGAUGACAACUAUUCAAAUAAUAACAGACUCUAAAACACAUGACAAAGGAUGUGUUAUCAAAAUAUAACAGCAUUCGCAAAACAAAAUUGCAAACAAGAACUAAUUUCAUCAUUUCUCCAGAAGUCUUCAGUCAGCACGUUUUAUCUUUAAAAUGUGCUGUUUGAAAAUGUACCUAAAAUAUAGUAGUGGAACAGAACUAACUGAAAAAAUAAUUGUCAGCGAGUCAACUGCUAAAAUACUUGUUACAGCCAUAGUGAAAACACCUAAAUACAAAUGAGCAACUGAAUAAGUAAUAGACCUAGUGUAUAACUUGGGUAUGGAUAAUUUUUUUAAAUUAUGAGCCUUGUUCCUUUGGUUUUGAGACUACAGCCCAGUGUGAAUACAGCCUCCAUCCUGUGUAGUUUGAAGCUUCUUUCACAUACUCUUUAAGGAACUGGCACUUGUCACUUGGUCUGAUUUAUCUCGUUAUUUUUUCCAACUCCGGGGCCUCUGUGUGUCAUCCAUGUGUGUUGCAUAAAGUAAUUCAGAGCAACAAGUUAAAAUCUGCCUCAGUUAUAACACUGAGCUCCUAUCAACAGCAGUAAGAGCAUAUUUAUGAUACAAAUCUAGUCUAUGUGACCAAACCAUAGUUCUAUUUAUAGUAUUUAAGACAAUGUAUUUAAACUGUAUAUAUGGGUGUACAUUCGCGAUGAGUGUCUAUAGUGAGAGUGGCAGGGUGUAAAUAAUAAUUGUAUAUUUUAAACUAUUUUUUGAUUUUUGUACUGUAGGUAACGUUACUUUGGCGUCUGUUGCUUUGUGAUGUUGGUGCGUGGUUGUGUAACAGUUAGCCGGGCGACUGUGGAGUAACUGAAGUGUGCAUCAGACCAAGUAAAUGUAUAUGUUUUUGGUGUUAAAUGUGUGUUUUCUUCUGUCAGUGUUGUGUGCUGCUGAUCUCCUCCACUAUACUAGCUAAACUAACCGUGUUGUUGAGUGAACCGGGGCCACGGUGUAAGCAAUCUCCUCGUGUUGGUGACUGGGACUAUUACAGUGGCUCCUAUCUCACUAUGGCAACAACAAUCAAAGGAUGGACCAAGAGUUUGAGCAGAAUGUUUCUGAGUCAAAUAGAAAUGUAAACUGUUCAAACACAGUGGAAUUAAACACUUUUAUGAAACUG